ACCCCUCUUGGAGCUGGCCUUUCUUAGCAGAUUUGGAAAAACCCCAGCCACCUUUUAUUUUUCUUUAUAUAAACAGAUGGCUGCUGUUUUUCAAUUUGAUUAAUUUCUUGUAGCAAAGUCUUUGAUGGCAAAGAGCCAAACUAGUAGUUGCUCCUCUAGUACUGUUGUUGAAGACGAUCAAAUUGGCCUUAGGAGAGGACCAUGGACUGCCGAUGAGGAUUCGCUUCUUAUUCGUUCCAUCUCCGUCCAUGGCGAAGGCCGAUGGAACUUGCUCGCCAUUCGUUCAGGGCUGAGACGGACGGGGAAGAGUUGCCGUUUGAGAUGGUUGAAUUAUCUGAAACCCGACGUCAAAAGAGGGAGCCUUUCUCCUCAUGAGCAGCUUUUGAUUCUUGAUCUCCACUGCAGAUGGGGUAACAGGUGGUCAAAGAUAGCCCAAGAGUUACCAGGAAGAACGGAUAAUGAGAUAAAGAACUACUGGAGAACCCGGGUUCAGAGGCAGGCAAAGCUUCUGAAUAUCGACACGAAUAGCCCCGAAUUCAAAGACAUUAUAAACCGAUUUUGGAUCCCCAGAUUGGUUCAACAAAUUCACGAAGAGUCUUCUAAUUCCUCGCCGCCUUCUUCUUCUUCUUCCUCUUCACCACAACUUUCGGAUUCGGAUGAGAAACGGCCCCGUUUUGUAACCGCAGAAGAAGACGAAAAAGUCACCGGUUCUGAUCCAUUAUUAUUCUCCGACGUUGUUCCGUCAUGGAAUCACGGCGGCGGCGGAGAUAUGGGGGAUUUUGAUUACCCAAUAGGCGAAUUUACGAGUUGGAUGGAGGAGGAUGAUUCCGACUGCGGCGGCUUAUGGAACUUUGAGGGGUUGUGGCAAUUCUAAUACCUUAUUUUUGGGUUCGUUAUUUUUUUUUUGUUGGAAGAUGACCCCACGAGCCGCAAAAACUCUUUAAUCUAUUAAUUUCUGUGAAAAAAAUAACAAAUAUUUUAGGUUAGUACCCAAACCCAAAAUGUGUAUUAAUUUAAAUA